UCCCAGUCAUCUUUGAAGCGUUCACGACGACAACCGGUUUAGCUCGGCGCAUGCGUAGUUUGCCUUCGAAUAAUACUACAUCUAUCAGCUGUCUUUCACGGUCACACUCAGUUUGUUUGUUUGUUUGCUCUUGAAAAAAGAUGGCACCGCUUCGAUGGGGAAUUGCAAGUGCCGGUAAUAUAUCGCACGAUUUCACCAACGCUCUGGCUACUUGGCCCAAGGAAGACCACAAAGUGGUGGCCGUUGGCGCAAGGAAUCUCCAGAAUGCGAAAAAGUUUGCCAAAACGCACAACAUUCCCAAGUCCUACGAAGGGUACAUGGAGAUGGCGAAAGAUCCGGAAAUCGAUGUGGUUUACAUCGGUGCCGUAAAUCCAACGCAUUACGACAUCGGACUGAUGAUGCUGAACCACGGCAAACAUGUCCUAUGUGAGAAGCCUCUCUGCAUGAAUGAAGGUCAAUCGAAGCGGCUUAUUGCCCAUGCCGAGCAGAAGAAACUAUUUUUGAUGGAAGCCAUUUGGUCAAGGUUCUUCCCGUCCUAUAUUCAUCUGAAGAACCGGCUCGAUGCUGGUGAGUUGGGUGAUAUCGAGGAAGUCACGGUAACGUUUGGAUUCUAUCUUUCCGAUGUGGAUCGGCUGAGAAUGAAAGAACUUGGUGGUGGAACGGUGCUUGAUUUGGGAGUCUAUACCAUUCAAGUGUGUUUGUGGGCCUUCCGGGAUGGGCCGACGAAGAUCGUGGCCAAGGGUAAGCUGAACGAGGAAGGAGUGGACAUGGAGGUAGAAGCGGAGUUGCACUUCCCCAAUGGUGGAAUCGCGAAGAUGAAAACGAGCGCUUUGAAAAAACUCGACAAUGAGGCGACCAUAAAGGGAACGAAGGGAGCCAUUACGCUUCACGACUUCUGGUGCCCAGUAUCGCUGACGGAUGUUGAUGGAUCGGUUAAGAAAUUUCCCCUCCCGAAGGCACCGAAUAACUUCAUCUUCCAGAACAGCUGCGGGCUGCGGUACGAGUCGGAGGAGGUUCGCAAAUGCAUCGGUUCUGGUCGGUUGGAAUCGGCCUCGGUGUCGCACCGGGAAAGUCUUCUGAUUGCCCGCAUUCAAGAUGAGAUAAGGAAGCAAAUUGGCGUUCAGUUCCCGGAGGACGCAAAGUUCAAAGCGUAAUCAUCGAGCAUCUAUUUGUGUGCAGAGAAGCUGGUGGUCUCGGGCAUACAAGGUAGACGAUGAUGAUUGGAAACGGGAUGUUGGUUCAAUGAUUAUGAAGUAUUUAUCUACCAGUGAUUCGAUUUUACAUAAUUUAAUUGAUGGAUUUAUAUUUUUAUAUCAUAUAAUUAUAUUUACAUACAGUCAGAUUGAUUAAAUUCAGCUGUUUUUUUUUAUAUAAAAUAUAGUAUUGCCUAAUUAU